GUACACGCAUAUAACUAAGUGAGGGCUUACACAUUGCAUGUCUAAAAUGUCGCAUGGUCGGUGAAAGGGUGGUGGAUCGGAUUUUCUAAUUAUUUGCUCCUAAAAUUAUUGUCUCGGAAAUGUUGGAAAUAAACAAGACAGCUAUUGGAAUAGCUGCUGGAGUGGCUGGGACAUUGUUUAUUGGAUACUGCAUUUACUUUGACAAUAAGCGACGCAGUGAUCCUGACUAUAAAAAAAAAGUGCGAGAACGCAGAUGUAAAAAUCGCAAGAAUGGUACCAAUGCUCGAAAUGGAUUGCCGAAUCUUAAUGACCACGAAGCUAUUGAAAGAUAUUUCCUUCAAGAAAUUCAGCUGGGAGAAACUCUUAUAGCACGUGGAGAUUUUGAAAGUGGGGUUGAACAUUUGGCCAACGCACUUGUAGUGUGUGGGCAGCCCGCUCGUCUUCUACAAGUUCUGCAAACAACAUUGCCAGCGCAAGUUUUUGCCAUGCUUAUACUGAAAAUGCAAGAAUUUGGCAAUAGAUCAAGUGGAGACUUAAACGAAACUCCGAAGAUAGUAACAUCUAACCAGAUGGGAGUCGAUAUGCCGUCAGUUGGAGCGGGUGGCCCACAAGGCAUAAUUAUUGAUGAUUUGGAAUGAUUGUGAAGUUCCCUUGUAUUUGGCAUUGGUUGAUUUACUAAAAUUGUUUAGUAGAAUGUUUUAUUAUUUGUUGAAUUCCAAAUAAAUACAUGAGAAAUA